AUGGCAACCAAGCCCGUGUUUGCCGAGGAUGCGAAACACCGCCCCAGUGUGACAGAUAUUGCUGGUAUCCCUCGCGACUCCGACAGUGGUGAGGAUGUCGGCAAGGCUGAGGCUCCGACCGAGACCUACUACAAGCUGCCCUUCUGGACGCGGAUGGGCUGUACACCAGAAUCUUUCAAGCGCAGGACCAAGGCCGAUGAGCAUAAUCAGCUCAACCAGACUCUGAAGGGACGCCACUUGCACAUGAUCGCCAUUGGUGGUUCCAUCGGCGCUGGUCUCUUUGUUGGUACUGGCAGCGCUCUCCGUCGAGGUGGCGCCGGUUCUCUCUUGGUCGAUUAUAUGAUUAUCGGUGUCAUGAUCUUCAAUGUCGUCUUCGCUCUGGGAGAAAUGGCCAUCAUGUACCCUAUUUCCGGCGGAUUCUACACUUACUCCUCUCGGUUCGUCGAUCCUUCCUGGGGCUUUGCCAUGGGAUGGAACUAUUGUAUGCAAUGGACCGUGGUGUUGCCUCUCGAAAUCGUCAUCGCCUCGGAAACAAUCAAGUACUGGAACCAAGACAUCAGCAUCGCGGUAUGGAUUUCAAUGUUCAUAGCGGCCCUGAUCCUCGUCAACGUCUUCGGUGUCUUGGGCUACGGCGAAGAAGAAUUCUGGACUUCUCUCUUGAAGCUGUCAGCCAUUGUCAUCUUCUUGUUUAUCGGUCUCGUCCUUGUCUGCGGCGCUGGACCGGACAGUGGCCGAUACAACGAAUACUGGGGCGGUCGCUACUGGAGUGACCCAGGUGCGUUCCAGAACGGCUUCAAGGGUUUCUGCUCGGUCUUCGUCACUGCCGCCUUCGCAUUUGCUGGUACUGAGCUGGUCGGUCUCGCUGCUGCCGAGUCAAAGACUCCCCUGCUGUCCCUCCCAUCCGCCGUCAAGCAAGUCUUCUGGCGUAUCACCCUCUUCUACAUCCUCUCUCUCCUAUUUGUCGGCCUCCUCAUCAGUCCCACCGACGAACGUCUAAUGGGUGCCGGUCAGGGAGGUGACUUCGUCGACGUCUCCGCCUCGCCUUUCGUGCUUGUCGGCCUCUAUGCCGGCCUCAACGGAUACGACAGUUUCAUGAACGUCGUCAUUUUGGUCUCCGUCAUCUCUAUCGGCAACUCCGGUAUCUAUGGUGGUAGCCGUACCUUAACUGCUCUUGCUGAGCAAGGCUAUGCUCCCAAGAUCUUCACCUAUGUUGAUCGCGCGGGCCGUCCUCUGAUCUCAACCGUUGCCAUCAUGUUGUGGGGUCUCCUUGCCUAUGUGGCGCUUGCCUCCACUGCCGUCGAGGUCUUUGACUGGCUCCUCGCCCUGUCAGGUCUCUCCUCUCUCUUCACCUGGGGUUCUAUCUGCUACUCCCACAUCCGCUUCCGUCAGGCCUGGAAACACCAUGGCCAUACACUGGAUGAGAUCCCCUUCAAGGCUCUCGGUGGAGUCUGGGGCUCCUGGGUCGGUCUUGGCAUCAUCGUACUAGUGCUCAUUGCCCAGUUCUACGUUGCCCUCUUCCCUCCUCUUAACGACGGUCAGAUGAACGACGCCGCUGGCUUCUUCAAGUCUUACCUCGCCCUGCCUGUCGUUCUAUUCUUUUGGGCCUGUGGAUACCUGUGGAAGCGUACUGGCUGGCUCACUAUGGGCCAGAUCGACGUCGACUCUGGUCGCCGUGAAAUUGACUGGGAGACGCACAACGCCAUACAGGAUAAGCGCCGCAACGCAAACGCCUUCAUGCGGGUAUGCUACUUCCUCUUCUAG